UGCCCGUGCCGGGGUCAUGAGAUCAUCUCCCAGUCUCAAGUUUGUUCAACAGAUCUAGUUAAACUAAAAACGAUUGGCCUCGAAAUUUCAAUUUUUCCUUAUUAUAAUGAUUUGAUACAAUACAAAUGAAGUUUUGCAUUCACGUGGAAUUAUAGAGGGAAAUAUAACACAAAGACGCAAUGGCCAGGGCAGCAAGCUUAUGGCUAGCUGCCGUGUUUUGUUUUAACAUUUAUAUUUGUUAUAGUCUGGUGGAAGGGUUACCACAAGGAUCAAUUAUAAGAGCUAAGAGAGAGCUUGAUGAGAACUUUGAAGAUGCUCUUUAUGAGAAAGAAGAGGGCUUGUUAUCGAAGCGCGAAGCUAAUGAACAGGAAGACAAAAGCCCGGAGAAAGGCGAAACAAAGGCUAGCGUAACAGAGGAGAAAGCUAGCGAAUCUGCCAAGAAAAGCGAAACUGGCGGUAAUGUUGCUAUCGAUAGCGAAGAAAGCAUCGAAGCUAAAAGCAAUGAAGCCAGUGAGAAAGAUAACGGCGUGGAAGCUUCAGCGGCGAAGGAUGAAAAACCGACAAAAGCCGAGGAGCAAGACGCAAAGGCGGAAACAAGGCAUAAUGUCGAAGGUAAAAACGCAGAUAACCUUAGUAAAAAUUUAUUAAAGAAGGGCAUGGACGCAAAUGUUGACAAUCCGCUGACUAACGGAGACUUGAUAAAAAAAUACGACCCUUCUACGGACACUAAUAACGGUGAUAUGCUAGGCAUGUCGAAGCGUACUGACAUUGUUACGAAGCCUAACGACGUCGCUGACAGUAACACGAAACCGGACACUGACGCAAAGCGUAACGAGCUACCGAAAGUUUCACAGACUGAGGAGACUAACAGUGGACUUGAAAAACGACAAACAAUCAGCGAACCAAAAUUAUUUAAACGUAGCGAAAAGGAAACACAUGAUAUACAAGAAGCAGGCGCGCCAUCGCAUUUUCAAGUUGACGAUAAAUCAGCUGAUUUAGAAAUUAACGCUAAUUCAGCUGGAGUAAAAGUGAAAGCAAAACCAGCUUCUUUGCAAGUUGUAUCUAGGCCAGGACAACACGGAGCCCCCAUGAUGCCAUUUAUGCCCCCUCCAAUCCCCGUUAUGCAUCAUAUGCCUCAUCACCACCGACAUCAUCAUCAUCAUCACAGACGUCACCAUUAUGAGCAUCCUGUAUUUGUUGCACCAUUUUACCCACAUCAUGAGGAGUAUAUGCCUUACGGGCAUUUUGGGGGACAUGAGGGAGGUUUUGAAGAGCCACGCUACUUUUCCUCUUACCAUCAUGGAGAAGAGGGUUAUGGCUACGGGCAUCCUCGUUGGGGUGAGGGCGAUGGUGAUGGUUACCAUUUGUAUGGGCGCCAUCAUGUCGAUGGGGGCUUAUAUGGUCGAUCGACAGUAGAAACUGCCCAAGACCCUCGUCUUUCAACCCCCGCGGCAUUAGAUGGGUUUAACUCAGGCAUAGCCUUACCAGAAAUGGACCAACGUUUUAUGAGAAUAAGCCAUGUUAAUGGUCCUAACUUUCGGUUCCAACAUUUCGAAGAUGAUUUCAAGGGCGGUCCACCGACCAUGGAGGAAGAGCAACUUGCAGCUCAGGGCGAGUACAGAUACCACGUACCAAGAGGCCCUAUCCCUGAAGAAGAAGAGGAGCAUCAUCAUUCACGGCGAUUGAAACGAAGAUACCAACCAGAACACAAGUUUCCAGAUUUCGCACCAAAGGAGGCUAGAUAUGAGAGUCCUAGAGAGAGAUUCGAGAUUCCAACCCUUGAUCAAAAACCUUUUAGUCCCGUUGGAAUGCCUGAACUCCCUGCUGGGGAUGAUUCCGUGGGUGCCCCAAUGACAAGCCAGAUAACUGAUGAUGGUAGAGAGGCUGUAAACCAAUUAAAUCAAAACGAGGCAUCUGGAAUGCCCAUGCCCGAAGUACACAGUGAUACACAGUCACCACUUAGCGAGCAACAAGAGGCUGAGAAAGAGGAUCACGAGUACCGAAGACUCACCGAACAGCAAGAACAUAUGUAUGAGCAAAUACAAAAGAUUAAGCCAGCAGGCGAUACGGCAACUGCCGGCGACAGCAUUGACCCGCACAUGGACAUGGAACGAAAUAUGCAUGAUGAGUACCAUCACAACGAAAAGAGAACGAGAAAAGACGAAAAUAAACGAGGUGUCGUAUCGAAUACGACUUCAUUGAAUAACUCGUCCGGACAUACGCCGAUUGUGAACGAUCAAGCUCCAAGUGGCAAUGCAGCCAAACAAGCCACAAAUAAUCGCAAUACUGCAAAGACGUCGGACAGUAAGACAGCAAAAAAGAAGAGUGGUGUAAAACUAAGUGAAAAAAUUAAGAAACUGAGAAAAAAAUCAGAGGUUGAGCGCCGAAGUACUGAAAACAAGAAAGCUGAAAAGAAAUCAGUCCUCAAGCCAGAGAAGGAAAAAGAACAAAAAGCUGGGAGGAAGAAUGUCGUUAUUGUAAAUAGACCCCCAAUUCUUUAUCACCCCCCACCUGAAAUCUACCACAGACCACCGAUUGUUUUGCAUCGUCCACCAAUAUUGGUACAAAGACCAGCCAUCGUUUACCAUCAGCCUCCAGUCAUAGUUCAUCGUCCAGCCGUGCUUUACAGACAACCACCUCUGGUGUUCCAUCAACCACCCCCCGUCAUUAGCCAGCCUAUGCUCCAUUCGCAAGAUACAUUCACAACUCGUCCAGCACUUCAACAUGUAGGAUCUAAAGUUAUGCCUGCAGGCACAGUGCUUGGUAUCCCCCCGGCUUCAAGAUGGAAUCCAAAUGCAAAAAUGGUCGUUGAUUCUGACCGCGAUACAGGUUCAGUUUUACAAGAUGAUGAUGAUGAUGAUCAUCAGGCUCUUGGAGGUAAUGUGCUCCUCGGGCAGGCGCAUACAAGACAGCUUAGUUUUGACAGCGAGGAAGAUACUAUAGGUGAACAAAAAUCUGGCAUACCAACUACAAAACACGCCAAGAAAGCACACAAAAAAGGCUCCCUCCCUCAUCAUAGAGCUGAAUCUCACCAAAAAGUAAAACGAGAAGCACCCAAAGCAAAUGCAAACGAAACUGCACCGAAAGUAGAGAAAGAGCCCGCUUCUGCACCAAGCCAGAACAAUACUAAGAGAAGUGAAACGUCGACUGCCGUAAAACAAGGCAAAAAAGGAACCAAGAAAGACGUUGUUGUAAACCGCCCACCCAUUAUCUAUCAUCCUCCUCCAGAAAUCUACCACAGACCAGACAUUGUUAUCCAUAGACCACCAAUUGUUAUACAUAGGCCACCCAUUAUCUAUCAUCAGCCCCCUGUAAUUGUGCAUAGGCCUGCCGUUGUUUAUCAUCAGCCGCCGAUUGUCUUCCAUCAGCCUCCACCUGCAGUACAACAGCCUCUGUUAUAUUCACAUGAUACAUUCGUCGUCCACCCAAGCUAUGUUGCACAGCAUCUUGGAUCUAUUUUGAGGACAGCACAUCAUUACGUUGGCCCACCUAGGCUUUUGACUCAUUUAGGACAUCCACUGUUCAACGGAGAACAAGGCAGUGAGGAACACUCAUACCCUCAAGAGACACAUAGCUUCGACCUCUCACAUAUGGGAGGAGAAGAAAGCGAUGCUAUAGGAGGACACAACGGUUUGGGACUUUUAGGGCACAUGGGCGGACUUGGAGAUGAUGCUCACUUUGGGGGUCUAGGUGGCUAUGAUGAAUCCCACUUCGGUGGAGAAGGGCACCUUGGAGGAGAAGGACACUUUGGAGGAGAAGGACAUUACGGCGGAGAGGGUCACUUCGCAGGAGAAGGACAAUUUGGAGGACAAGGACACUUCGGAGGAGAAGGACAAUAUGGAGGGCAAGGACACUUCGGAGGAGAAGGACAAUAUGGAGGACAAGGACACUUCGGAGGAUAUGGAAGGAUAGGUGGAGAUUCUCAUUUUGGAGGCGAAGGAAGCCUGGGUUUCUUAGGCAAUGGAGUUUCAAGAGGAACAUUAGAAGGCAAUGAUGCAACUGCUGAGGGAUAUGAAUCAGAACAACGUGGAGGCUUCCUUGGAGGACUUGCAAACUUCGGACGCUUUGGAGGAGGAUUGGCUAAAAGAUCUCACGUAGAGCAUGCAAAGAAGAGGAGUAGACAAGAAGGUACAGUGAAAUACCAGGAUAUUGCGGGUUCUGCUGAUCUCGAGCACCAAGACCCUGUGAAUGUUUAUCAUAGUACUAUGACAGCAGGGCAUGUGUUAGGAUUAUCGGGACAUGGAGCUGAUGCAGCUCAUAGCAUUUACGAUACAAUGCUUAGCCAUGAAAUGCAUGACCAGCAGGCAGCCAUGCCAAUGCAUACGUCAUUUGAAAGCCACGAUGCACACUACACGGGCGCUUACCAUACAGACGCCCCAAUGCCUGUAAUGGACGCUGCGAUGCAUGUCGAAGGCGCACCAACGCAUAUUGUUGAAACAAAUCAGCAAAUCGUGCACCAGCCUGUGGUGCUUCAGCAUGACCCCCCUACGGUGCUUCACCCCGUUUACCAUGAGAUUGAUUCCACUUCGAGUCAUUCAUCGUCAGAGGGGUAUGUCCCAGACGAGGGCUCUGCAACCCAUUAUGUCCAUUUCCAUCCCCUAACUAUCCACCAUCACCAUAUCCAUCACUUCCAUAUUCUCAAGCCCGAUGACGAAUACACAGUUGACGAUGAACCAAUUCAUGUUCACCAUAGUCAUCAUGAAAAAAAUCAAAAACAUAAACACAAAGUGACACAUUUGCAUUUAGUAACAGACCAUGACCCAACAGUGAAGAAAAAAUCUGAAGUGCGCCGGUCUUCAGAGGGUGCGGAAGGUAUUCCAGAUUUGGCCAAUUACAUAAAUGGCGCAUUGGGGCCUGAGGAUGCUCAACACCCGUCGCAGGAAGAGCAGGGUGAAAUUGAAAAGGGAAUCGCACCUGAGCGUGAUGCACCCCUUCUGGAUUCUGCAUCGCCCGAAAAGGAAGAAAUGUAUUCAAUGGAAAACACACAGGCAUUCCAGCCAGUCAUGCCUGUGCCUGUUCAACGCUUUGAAGGGAUGUCAAGCAAUAUCUUUGGAGGUAUGGUACCAGUUGGCCCAGGCUCUUUCCCUGUACCAGGAACAAAUGACGGAUAUGGUGGAAAUGCAGUUGUCAGAUCUCAUGUUCCUAAUAAGAAAUCCAAAAAGAAGAGCAGCAAAAAGGGGAAAUCAAAGAAGAUGAAGGACAGCCAAAAGAAACAGUUCAUCGAUUCUCACAUUGGUGGACAAGAAGGCAUUCAAACUGGCGGUAGCUAUGGCGGUGGCUUUGGCGGUGGUCUCGGCGGUGGUCUUGGCGGUGGUCUUGGCGGUGGCCUUGGCGGUGGCAUUGGCGGUGGCAUUGACGGUGGCAUUGACGGUGGCAUUGGCGGUGGCAUUGGCGGUGGCAUUGGCGGUGGCAUUGGCGGUGACAUUGGCACUGGCCUUGGCGCUGGCUUUGGCGCUGGAUACGGUGGUAGCUAUGGUGGUGGCCAUGGUGGUAGCUAUGGCGGACAUGGUUUCCAAGGAGAUGGUUUCGUAGACCAUACUUUCACUCCGAUAGGACAUGACUACGGGCAUGUGUAUGACGGCCACCGCAUGGUGGAGGACCAUGGUGUCGAUACCGUGUACCACAGGCCACCUAUGGUUAUUCGUCGCCCACCUGAUGUUAUCAACAGGCCUGAUAUAGUUUUUCACAGAGCACCAAUCGUUGUGCACCAGCGGCCAAUCAUUUACCAUCAAGCUCCUGUUGUUGUUCAUAAGCCACCAGUUGUCAUCCAUCAGUCCCCUGUCGUGGUCCACCCGGUAAUUCACCAUCAUAAAUUUGUGACACAUCAUGUACAUGACCUGCACGUUGUACCAGUGGCACAUCAUAAUCACUGUGGUUGCCAUGGCAAAAAGGACUGCAUUUGCGAUACAGCUAACGAUGAAGUGAGUGAUGACGCAACUGAAGUCGCUGAUGAGACGACUGAAGCAAAGAAGAAGUCAACUAGCCCAAAGAAGGAAAGCAACAAAGAAGCGAGGAACAUACGGUCGCUCGUUGAAAAUAUCCAAAACGUUAUCCGUGAAAAAGUACGCAGAGAGGUUAAAGAAACAGCCGAGCCAAAGACAAACGCCAAGAAAGCAUCAAAAAAGACCUCUGUUCCAAAGUCAAAUGAAAAGGGGGCGGACAAAUUCAAGACAGGUAAGAAGAAGAAGAAGGAUGUUGUAGUGAAUCGACCACCGAUCAUCUACCACCCUCCACCAGAAAUCUACCACAGACCUGAUAUUGUCGUACACAGGCCACCUCUAUUGAUUCAUCGUCCAUCGAUCAUCUAUCAUCAGCCACCUGUUAUUGUACAUCGCCCUGCUGUUGUCUAUCAUCAACCGCCAUUGGUCUUCCAUCAGCCACCACCAGCCGUUCAACAGCCGUUGCUUGUCUCACAUGACUCCUUCGCUAUGCAUCCAUCAAGUUCCUACACCCACAUGGGCUCCGUUGUAAAUAAGAUAGGUGCAUAUGUUGGUGUACCCCACGGGCCUAUACUCGGGUACCCUCAUAAUCAAUUUUAUGGACCAACUGGAUAUGCACAUGGCGCUGGAAGCUACCCAGACUUUGGACAGCCAAUGUCAUACGCAGGUCCUAAUGGUCACGGAGCAGAGGGAAUGCAUGGGGAAGCACAUGGAUUCGACGGAGGAUAUGAAGGUCAUGGUGGAUUCGAAGGUCAUGGUGGGUUCGAAGGUCAUGGUGGGUUCGAAGGUCACGGUGGCUUCGAAGGUCACGGUGGCUUCGAAGGUCACGGUGGCUUCGAAGGUCAUGAGGCAGGAUUUAUGGGUCAUGGUGGAUUUGAAGACCAUGGUGGACUCCACGAAGAAAACCCAAUGGCCAGAGAAUUCACUCCAGCAGGUCCUGGAGUCCCAGUCUCUGAACCUAUGCCAGAAACCGGAUUGAACUCACCAAUGCCAGGUGGACCAGAAGGUGGACCAGAAAUUGGACCAGAGCCAGGACUUUCUGGUGGUUAUGGAAUGGGUGCUCCACAAUUCAAGAGACACGGAGUUCCAAAGAAGCCAGAAAAAAGCAGCGACCAAAAUGCCAAGGUCAGAUCAACAAGAUCAGUUGAAAAGAAACACGUAAAGGCGUCUAAGAAAAACCACGUUGUUGUUCAAAGACCAGACCUGAUCUACCAUCAAAGACCGGAAAUUUACCACAGACCACCACUGAUAUUCCAUCAACCGGAUGUGGUAAUUCACAGACCACCAUUCAUAGUUCACAGACCAACAAUUGUUGUCCACAAACCAGCUGUUAUCUAUCACCAACCGCCGGUCGUAUUCAACACUCCGGAUCCAGUCCUGCACGAGCCACAUGCUGUCUCACAUGAUAUGUAUGUGACACAUCAAGAGCCACACCAGAUUGGAUCAGAACUGUCUCAUGCUGGCGGCUACGUCGGCCAAGAGGGCUAUUACAAUCACGACGAAGAGCAUGGCGAAGAAUUCCAUGGAGACGCUGGGCACGGUGGCUUUGAAGGAGAACACGGGGGUGAUUUUGGAGGUCACGGCUUCGUAGGAGGAAUUCCCGGUCCUGGACCAAUAGGGCCUGAAGUAGCCGGUCAAAUGGGAUAUGGGGCCGCAUUCAGCAACGCUCUUGGUAAUUUGAAUGCUGGACUUGGAUUCGGACACGAGGAAGUUGGAGCGCCAGAGAUGGGUGCCAAGCGUGAACUCAAAACAAGUAAAGGAGAGAAGAAGCACCACGUCGUUGUGCAAAGACCAGACCUCAUCUAUCAUCAGAGGCCUGAAAUCUAUCACAGACCACCUCUAAUUGUCCACAGACCAGAUAUAGUCAUUCAUCGACCACCAGUUGUUGUGCACCGUCCAGAUGUCGUCGUCCACCGACCUUCAGUUGUUUAUCAUCAACCUCCUGUAGUAUUUAACACACCAGACCCUGUUUUACACCAACCACACGCUGUGUCACACGAUAUGUACGAGACACACCAAGAGCCACACCAUAUUGGAUCAGAAACAGCACAUGUAGGAGGAUACGUGGGGCAAGAAGGCUACUAUUCAGAUCAAGAAGAACACGGUGAUGGCGAGGGCCAUGCUUUUGGAAAUAACCAUGGUUUUGAUGGUGGCAUAGAUGGUGCCAGUGAUGGGGGUCAUCACGGUGACAGUUUUGGCUACAAGAGAAGCAGCCAAACAAAAUCAUCUAAAAAGAAGUCUGCUAAGAAAUCAAGAGUCACUAGAUCAGCAGAAAAGACGAAGGAAGCUCAAGAGAAAAAUACCAAAAAGGGACACAAAAAGCACCAUGUUCUUGUACAUCGACCCGACAUUGUUUAUCAUCAACGCCCAGAGAUUUACCACAGACCACCCUUAGUCGUACAUCGCCCAGAUGUUGUUAUCCACAGACAACCGUACGUUGUCCAUCGCCCUCCUGUAGUUGUCCACAGACCAGAUGUAGUCUAUCAUCAACCUCCAGUUGUCUUCCAUACACCUGAUCCUGUCACACACCAGCCACAUGCUGUGUCGCAUGAUAUGUAUGUGACACAUCAGGAGCCCCAUCAAAUAGGCUCAGAGGUUGCACAUACCGGAGGUUACGUUGGAAGUGAGGGUUAUCAUGAAGAUGGCAUCAUGGAGAAUACGGAGUCACUGAUUACGGUAAUGGAAACGGCUUCAGUAACGGGUACGGAAAUGGCUAUGGUGUUUCAGGAUACGGUCGGUUACGGAGCAGAUGUAAGCCAUGGAGGGUUUGGAUAUAAAAGAACAACCACUAAGAAGGACUCGAAGAAAACUGCAAAAGGGCACAAAAAGCACCAUGUUUAUGUUCAUCGGCCAGAUAUCAUUUAUCACCAGCGUCCUGAAAUCUACCAUCGACCACCACUUGUUAUUCAUCGACCUGACGUAGUUAUACACAGACCUCCAUAUGUUGUACAUCGGCCUGAUGUUGUUGUUCACAGACCAUCAGUUGUAUAUCACCAACCACCAGUUGUAUUCCACACCCCAGAUCCAGUUGUACAUCAACCACAUGCAGUUUCCAAUGACAUGUAUGUAACACAUCAAGAACCACAUCACGUUGGUUCUGAACUCUCUCAUACCGGCGGAUACGUUGGUCAGGAAGGUUACCACGCAGAAGAAGGUCAUGGUUUUGGAGGAUUUGGCGGUUUCGGAAGCUUUGGCUCUUUUGGAGGAUAUGGCGGUCACGGUGAAGGCUAUGGCGGUCACGGUCAAGGCUAUGGCGGUCAAAGCUUGGGUCAUGGUGGAUGGGUUGGACCAGGAGCUGGAACUUUUGCUGGUCCAGUUUUCCCUGCGGCAGAUGCACACUUUUUCUUUGCACCAGCAACUGCGCCAGCAUUUUACUUUGCACCAAGACCUAUCGUAGAUGCACUUGGCGAGGCUGCACUCAGAUCAGCGGUUCCAGGAAAAAGCAAACCCGAAAAAGAACAUGUCAAAAAUGUAAAGAGCUCCAAGAAGUUUGAAUUUGGUGACUUUGGUCACCAUGGUGGAUUUGGAGGACAUGGCGAUGGCGGAUUUGGCGGACAUGGUGAUGGCGGAUUUGGCGGACAUGGUGAUGGCGGAUUCGGCGGACAUGGUGAUGGCGGAUUCGGCGGACAUGGUGAUGGUGGAUUUGGCGGACAUGGUGAUGGCGGAUUUGGCGGAUUCGGUGGACAUGGCGAUGGCGGAUAUGGUGGACAUGGCGACGGUGGUUUCGGCGGACAUGGAUUUGGCGGUCACGGAUUUGGUGACGAAGGAGGCCAUCAUGGCGGCCACCACGGAGGCCACGAUGAUCAUUUUGACCAUGACUGGGAUACGCAUGAUUGGGGACACGGACAUGGAAACACUUGGGAACACCACCAAGAUCAUGAUCACCAUCAUAGUGGCACUCAAAAUGUUGUUCUGCAAAGACCGGAUAUUGUCUUCCACCCUCGCCCAGAGCUUUACCAUAGACCUGAUAUCAUAGUUCAUCGUCCCGAUAUUGUGAUUCACAGGCCAUCAGUUGUUAUCCAUCAACCCCCUGUUUUAGUUCACAGGCCUGCUGUUGUCCUUAAGCAGCCGCCAGUUGUAUUCCAUCAGCCUCCUCCAGUUGUGCACAGACCUCAUAUGGUGUCACAUGAUAACUACGUUACGCAUCAAGUACCGCAUCAUGUUGGUUCCAAUGUUGAGCAUGGCGGUGGCUAUGGUGGGCAUGGUGGUGGAGGAUAUGGCCAUGGUGGAGAUUCAUAUGGAGAAGGUGGUUACUAUGAGGGACAUGACGUAGGCCAUGUUGGACAUGGUGAAGGUUUUGGACAUGAUGGCGGAUUUGGUGGUCAUGAUGGCGGAUUUGGUGGUCAUGAUGGCGGAUUUGGCGGACAUGGUGGCGGAUUUGGUGGUCAUGAUGGCGGAUUUGGCGGACAUGAUGGCGGAUUUGGCGGACAUGGUGGCGGAUUUGGCGGACAUGGUGGCGGAUUUGGCGGACAUGGUGGUGGAUUUGGCGGAAAUGAAGGCGGAUUUGGCGGACACGAUGGCGGAUUUGGUGGAGGUUUUGGACAUGGAGGUGGUUUUGGUGGCCACGGAAAUGGAUUUGCAAAGUCCAAGAUUGAAAGCAAGAAGAAUGCUGCAAAGAAACAUAAACUUCCCAAGAAAGAGACUGCAACAAAAGCAAAGCGCAGUGCAGAUGAAUCAAAAGAAGCCAAAACUGAGAAGGGAACACAAGGUAAAAAGAAGCAUCAUGUAACUGUGCACCGUCGUCCCGAUAUCGUCUUUCAUCGCCGACCAGAGGUCAUUCAUCGGCCGGACAUUGUCGUCCACAGACCUGACAUUGUCAUUAAGAGACCAUCAGUUGUCAUUCAUAGACCACCAGUGGUUGUCCACAAACCACCUGUUGUGUACCAUUCCCCACCAGUGGUGUUCCAUCAACCCGCCCCUGUUGUGCAUACCCCCCAUGUUGUGUCACACAACCAUUACGGAACACAUCACGUACCAGUCCACGUUGCAUCACACGUGUCUCAUGUGGGAUACACUGAAGGAGAUGGUAAUCAUCACGGAUCAUAUGGUGGUUACGGGUACGGUAACGGUCAUGGUUACGGUAACGGUUACGGUGUAGGAUAUGGAGGAGGUCACGGAGGCACAGGUUUUGGUUAUGUGAAAUCAAAAGUUUCCACGAAAAAGCAUAAGAAGAAUGUCAAAGGAACAAGAAAAGACGCCAUAGAGAACUUCCAAGAAACUGGACAUAAAAGGCAUUUUGGAGGUGGAUUUGGAGGCCAUGAAGGUGGUUUUGGUGGACACGAAGGUGGCUUUGGCGGACACGAAGGUGGCUUCGGCGGACACGAAGGUGGACACGAGGGAGGUUUCGGAGGACACGAAAGCUUCGGCGGUCACGAAGGUGGCUUCGGUGGACAUGAAGGAGGACACGAAGGAGGAUUUGGCGGACAUGAGGGAAUCGGCGGUCAUGAAGGAGGAUUUGGCGGACAUGAAGGUGGUCACGAAGGAGGAUUCGGUGGACAUGGCUUCGGCUAUGCCGGUCAUGGCGAAGGACAUGAUGAUGGACACCACUUUGAUGAAGACUGGGAUCAUCAUGACUGGGGACACGGACAUGACAACACAUGGGAACAUCAUAAUGAUCAUGAUCAUCAUCAUGCCGAUCAACAGAACAUCGUCGUGCAACGACCCGAUAUCAUCUUCCAUCCACGCCCAGAAUUGUAUCACCGUCCAGAUAUAAUCGUUCAUCGUCCGGAUAUUGUCAUUCACCGUCCAUCGGUAGUUAUUCACCAACCACCAGUUUUGGUCCAUAGACCUGCUGUUGUCUACCACCAACCCCCAGUUGUGUUCCAUCAACCGCCUCCAGUGCUCCACAGACCUCACGUUGUUUCACACGACAUGUUUGUGACGAAACAAGAGCCACAUCAAGUUGGAUCAGAGAUUGAGCACGGCGGAGGAGCUGGUGGCGGUGGAUUUGGAGGCGAAGGAGGAGGAGCAGGAGGAGAUACUGUCAGUCAUGGCGGCUACUACGAGGGACACGACGUCGCACACCACGAAGCAUCGCACGAACACGAAGGUGACUGGGGACACGAAGAAGGACACGGUGAUGAGGGAUUCGGAGACCACGGCGGCUUUGGAGGAUUCGGCGGACACCAUGGCGGGUCUGGUGGAUUUGGACACCACGGCGGAUUCGGAGGAGGAUUCGGUGGUGGUUUAGGCGGCGGUUUAGGCGGCGGUUUAGGUGGAGGCUUAGGCGGAGGCUUAGGCGGCGGAUUCGGAGGAUUUGGUCAUCAUGGAGGUCACGAAGAAGGAGGUCACGGAUAUGGAAAAUCGAUAGUUCCAAAGAGCAGCAAGGAAAAGCGCUCAACUAAGGAAAAACAUCACAAGCAAGUCAAAAAGGAGGAAUCAGCCUCGAAAAAACACCGCGUCGUUUUCUUUCGUCCACCGCUGAUCUAUCAUCAGCCACCCGAGGUCUAUCACCGACCAGAUUUGAUUGUCCACAGGCCUGAUAUUGUUGUGCACCGUCCAGAGGUUGUCGUGCACAGACCACCAGUCAUUGUGCAUAGACCAGCAGUCGUAUAUCACCAGCCUCCUGUUAUUUUUUAUACCCCACCACCCACAGUACACCAACCAAUGAUGCAAUCACAUGAUGCAUAUUAUUCAAGGCCAGAGUACGAGCAUGUUGGAAGCAGCUUGCAGCAUGCUGGCGGAUAUGUUGGAGUCGAAGCACACCAUGAGGGAGGAUUUGAUCAUGACGAAGGACAUGCAGGUGGAUUCUUCGGCGGUGAAGAAGCAGGUCAUGGCGGUGAAGUCGCUGCCGACUUUGGUCAUGGAGCUGAAAGAGGUGAUGCCGGAUUUGUAGGACAAGGCGGUAUUCCAGACGCAGGGUUUGGAAAUGGCGAAUUCGGACAGGGUCAAUUCGGACAUGGAAAUGAGGGAGUUCCUGGAGUAGGAAAAUCUAGCAUUGCAAAAACGAAGAAAGCACAGAAAGAAGAUCAAGAUGAUGAAGAUAAUGAUGAUAAGAAGAAGCGGUCUCUCCUUGCAAAACUGAUCAAGAAGCGAAGCACUGACGAAGAAAAACAAACUGGAAAGCCAAAGAAAGAAGAGACGAAAAAGAAAUCAAAAGGAAAGAAGUUAUCUUUCCACACCAACUCAAAGCAUGGCAAAAAAGGUGAAAAAAGUGGAAAGAAAAGCAAGAAGAAUGACAUUAUUGUAAAGCGACCACCAGUCAUUUAUCAUCCACCCCCAGAGAUCUAUCAUCGUCCUCCCAUUAUUGUCCACAGACCACCCCUUGUUAUCCGUAGACCACCCAUCAUCUACCAUCAGCCUCCAGUCAUCGUUCAUCGCCCAGCCGUUGUCUAUCAUCAACCACCCUUGGUUUUCCACCAACCUCCACCUGCUGUUAGUCAGCCAAUCCUUAAAUCACAUGACACAUUCAUGAUGCAUCCAGCUGCGAGACUCUCGCAUAUGGGUUCAAUGGUGACAAAUUCUGGUACAUAUGUUGGUGUUCCAGAGCAUAGAUUUAUGUAUCAAGGAGGCAUGGGAUUCUUCCACGCACCACAUGAAGAGGGCUAUGCUGGACACUCAGCAGAAGGAGGUGAAGGUGAGCAUAUGGUUGAAGGUGGAUCUGAAGGUGCAGUUGAGGGAGGCUAUUCUACUGGAGCUGCAGGAGUUAGCAUGGAAGGAGGCGAACACGGAGGGUUUUCAGAGCUAAACUCACCACAAUUUUCUCAUGGUGCCUUUGGUCGGGACCAAGUUGAAAUGGGUGGAAGCGAACAGGAAGGUGGUGAACAACAAGAAGGCAACUAUGCACAAGAGAAGUCCAAGACUGCAGAAGCCUCUAAAACUAAGGAGAAAGAAACAUCAGAGAAAAGAAAACAGAUAGCAAGGCCAGAGAACAAGCCAGCUAAAAGAACACUAAAGAAGAGCCUGAAAAAAAUUGUCAAGCGACAAGUUAUGGCCUUCCCACGAGGUUACAAUGAACUUCCAAACAACUACGAUCAAGCAUAUUCACCAUAUUACAACGAGCAUAAACACCACAAAACACGAGUCGAUGUUGAUGUUGUCGGGAAAAGAUCUGCAGAGGAAAAACAAACAAUUAAUGAUAGGAGUACUUUUUUACUGAGGCGGCCUCGGGUGGUUUCACCGUCCGAGGCCUCAGGAGGUAACGACGGUUCCCCUGACACUAACAAGGCCAGUAAUAAUAACAAAGUAAUAAGAUACAAAAGGCAAUACUAUUUUCCAAAUCAUCAAUACGCUUUACCAAGAUACAUGAACCGACCGGUAACGCAAAAUUUUUACCGUCUGCCACAAUCGCAAAGAUAUGAACAACCGCAUAGGUAUGGAAAUUUCCAUCAACAGCCAUUUUAUCACGAGCCAGCUGACCCAGACAAACCAAGAGUGCAUGUCCAUAUUGAAGCAGAGAAGAAGAACGUCAUAUCGCACACUGAAGAUAACUUGACUGAAGAUCGUAAGAAACGACAGCUCCUCGGAAUGACGUCAUUGAUGAGUCCAGUUCAGCCGAUCAAAUCCCCGUUACGACAGUCGACCUACAAAACAGAAAACGCCAAAUCUGAGGUGCCCAAGCAGAGAUCGUCGAGAGACGUGCCAAUUGAAGUUCCUGCACGAGCAGAGGAGCAUCAUGGUAUCUUUAAAACAAAGACAACAAUUAUGACUGAAGGCGAGACGAAGAAGUCUACCAUACAAAAAAUCCAGAAAAGAGAGACAAAUAGUCAGGAUGACGAAGACGAGCAUGCACCGAUCAGGAAACGCCAGUUUGUCUUCAAUUCUGAACCACCGGUAGUCAGAGCAACAGUCAAAGGCGAAGGACACAGCCCUAUUGGCAAGCUCAUAAAGAUGAUAGCAGGGAGUAAUGCAAAGAACAUUCUAGGGCUCAAUAGCAAAGGUUUCGAUGUUUUCCCGGGACCAUUACCUGAUGCAAAGGAAAGUGCUUGGAAUAUAAAGAGUGCUGAGGCAGGAAACACGGAGCAGCCUGCAGACCGUUAUGCAAACCAACUGCCACAAGAGCAACCUCAAUCUGUGCCUGAAAUGUACCAACAAGCAGGCCUGGAAAUAAAUGCUGCCAGCCAACGUCGAGCUGAAGCAGGAAAGAGCGCCGAGAAAGAGGCUGAAGAAGAAAGAGCGGCAUUUGUCACAAAAGAAAACGAGGAAAUCGCUGCACAGACUGCUGCUUCCCUUCAAGAACAAAAGCUAGAGCAGGAGAAAGACUUAGAAAGACAACAAGAAAUUCAGCAAGAGCAAGAGAUGGCACAUGAGCGAGCAAAUACACUUACAAACAUGUUGUCAAGACAGGCAAGGCAACAAUUUGUUGACAUGAGUCGAGUAUUUCCACAAGGAGAGCAGAUUGCACGACCCAUGCCAGCAAUGAUGAUGCCAGAAAUGCCAUACCAGGAUGACAACGAUGACAGGGAAGAAUUCCCAGCACCUACACGUAUGAUGCCAAUGCCAUUCGAUAACUUCCAUCCAACGCAAAUGCAGCUACCUACAGCAGCGAUGUCAUACCAAGAGGAGCAACCAAUGUCUUUUAUGCCAUUGAUGCAGCCAACUCCUACUCCCUUCUUUCCAACACCACCCAUGAUGUUUGUACCAACUACAGCUAUGUUUCCACUGCCAGACCCAACAGCACCGUUCUUCCAAGAUCCAGAUCGCAUAGAAAGACCUGAAACUUCUGAAGUAAGCGAUGCACCUUUAUCUAUGCCACACUUCAAGCCCCGCUUCACAAGGAUGCAUCCUAGACUGCGUAUGCACAGGCCCACAGAAAUGCCAUAUCGCUUCAGUCAGUACCCAGAGCCUGAGUACAACGAAGAAGACGCAAAACCGGAAGUGCAUGUUCACAUCCAAACUGAAAAAUCCAAAAUACCUCAAGGUGAAAAGGAAGGAACCAUAUUACACAAGAAAAGACAAUAGAAGAUACGAAAGAAUAAGCAGUGGAUAUUUAAGGAUGCACACAGUUUACAACGAGCUUCUCACCAGGCAAUGUUGAAGAAUGCAUCUACACAAACGACUCGCUGAAGACAUAAUGGUUUUGACAGAAGAAGUUUGGCUUGAU